AUGGAGUGGCUGGAGGAAGUGGAGGCCAGUAUGAGGGCACGUCAUUUGUCCAUGGCAGAUCAGGCAUUCUUCUUGUUUGACCAUUUGGAGGGCGAGGCAAAGGAGGAGAUAAAGUACCGUCCUCAGGACAGAACAGACCCAGUAAAGAUAAUAGCAGUUCUAAAGGAACUGUACGGGUGUACUGAAUCCUAUGUGUCCUUACAGCAAGCGUUCUUUGCUAGAAGGCAAGAGGACGGGGAGUCUCUUCAGGAGUUUUCCUUGGCUUUAAUGGGCCUUAUGGAGGCUGUAAAACAGCGUGCACCGGCCGAUAUGGAGAAUGCAGAUUUGUUGCUGCGGGAUCAAUUUAUUGAACACGUACUAGAUGGUGCUUUGCGCCGUGAAUUGAAACAAUUAGUGCGCCGGCAGCCUAUGGCUACGUUGUUGGAUGUCCGAGGGGAGGCUAUCAGGUGGGAGCGUGAGGGUUUGCCCCGUGCUGCACGCGGACGGAGUAGUUCCGUGCCAGCAGUGCUUGGUGUUCAGUAUGGGGUUCAUGGUGGUCCCCAGGGUGCUGGUAAUUCAUCCCAUUGGACUGCAAUGGAGGAAGUGAGAGCGUUACUGACGUGUCAGCAGAAGCAGUUGUCUCAGCUCACCCAGAGUGUGGCUCGGUUGCAGAACUCCAGUCAGCGUGAUCGUGCACCCCAGAAGGAUCCAGUAAUAUGUCGGCGUUGUCAGCAGCCCGGUCACUUCGCUAGGGAGUGUGGUGGUUUGCGCAUUCGCUCUGGUCAUGAGCGACUACAGGAUUGCCGUUGGUUGGAGCUUCGAGCUGCCAAUGGACUAGCUAUUCCAUAUAUUGGUUAUCUGGAGCUAGAUGUUAACCUGUGUGGAAAGUGGAUGCUGGGCUGUGGGAUACUGGUGGUGCUGCGGGGCACAGUGUACAUUUCUGUCAUCAAUGUAGGGGCUACUGAUGUGCUUCUCUACCCUCGUACCUUUUUAGGUACCUUAGGUGCAGUUAGCGUGGUGAGCCUCCCUGCUGGAGUCACGGAGGUGCCUCCGGGGGUACCCACUACGGCAUUUCAGGCUGCGACCACAGCCACUAUGGAUCCAGUGGAGGCUCUGGACCUGUCCUCGCUCCCGCGGUUGAUGCAGAGGAUGUUUGGUGAUCAACAGGGCCAGUCUUUAUUGCUAUAUCUGGACGAUAUCGUGGUGUUUUCCUCCACCGUAGAGCAGCAUCUGGAGAGGUUGGAGGUAGUGUUGAACCGUCUCCAGCUGGAGGGUCUCAAGGUCAAACUGAGCAAAUGUGCUUUCCUUCAGUCUGAGUCCCAUCAGGUUCCCGGGACUCAAGCGGCAAUUACAGUCUUGCCAGGGCAUUCUCUGGCUGACAUCCGUGCUCUUCAGCAAGCUGACCCCACUUUGAAGGAGGUCUUGGUGUUUUGGAGGCGGAAGCAGCGCCCCAAUUUUGAGGAGCGGAAACAGCUUUCCCAGCCUGUAUUGGUGGUGUUGCGGCAAUGGGGUCGGUUGGUGGAGAGGGACGGAAUUUUGUAUCGGCAGAUCUUUCACCCAGAUGGGGGAGAGGUUGAAUUUCAGCUGCUGUUACCAGCUGCAUUGAAGGAGGAGGUCUUGACACAGCUCCAUCAGGAGCAUGGCCACCAGGGGGUAGAGCGGACCUUGGGGCUUUUGCGUUCACGGUGUUACUGGCCCAGUAUGUCUUCAGAGGUGGCUGGUUGGUGUCAGAUGUGUGAGAGAUGCCAAGUUGCGAAGGACAAUCAGCCGGUGGCUCAUAGCUACAUGGGGCAUCUUUUGGCAUCAAAGCCUAACGAAAUCUUGGCAAUAGAUUAUACCGUGUUGGAGCCUGCUUGUAAUGGCCUAGAAAAUGUUUUGGUGAUGACAGACAUCUUUAGUAAGUACACCCUGGCCAUUCCCACUCGAGAUCAACGUGCCUCGACCGUAGCGCAGGUUUUGGUUUCGGAAUGGUUUUACAAGUUUGGGGUUCCAGCUCGGAUUCAUUCCGACCAAGGCCGAAAUUUUGAGAGCUUGUUGAUCCGCCAGCUUUGUGAUCUUUAUGGCAUUGAACGUUCUCACACUACCCCAUACCACCCGGCGGGGAAUGGACAGUGUGAAAGGUUCAAUAGGACGCUUCAUAAUUUACUUCGCGCGCUGCCGGUGUCUCGCAAGCGGGACUGGCAUUCCUGUUUGCCGCAGUUAGUGUACUGCUAUAAUACAACUCCCCAUCAGGCCACCGGUGAGUCCCCCUUUUUCUUGAUGUUUGGCCAGGAGCCUCGGCUCCCAGUGGAUUUUCUGCUUGGUAGAGUUCAGGAUCCCGGUAGGGGAUGUGUUCAUGAGUGGGUCAAGGAACAUCAGGCCCGAUUACAGGUUGCGGUUGACGGUGCGAGAGAACGGUUAAGGGUGGCUGCAGCCCGUCGGAAAAGGAAUUACGAUCAGCAUGUCCGGGAUGUUCCUCUGGCUGAGGGUCAGUGCGUGCUGUUGCGGGAGACCAGUGCCAAGGGUCGGCAUAAAAUUCAGGAUUUGUGGGGUUCGGUAAUGUACAAAAUCUUACAGGUACCUGAUUCUGGCGGCUCCGUGUAUACUGUGGCCCCCCUGCAUGGUCAGUCUAAGGUAAGGCGAGUUCAUCGCAAUCUACUGAAGGCAGUGGUUGGAAGGGACCUUCCUACGGGUGUGGUGGUUAGUUUUCCACCACCAAUGGACUCGCCACAGUCAGAGGAGGAGGAUUCAGUGGCCGGUGAUCUGUUGUGUUUAGGGCUGGAAGAUCACAGUCCAACUGUGAUCUCGUCAGUUCCAGCUUUGGGAUCGGUAGCUACUCCACAGGUGACUCGGAUACCGGGUGAGGUGGAGCCUGUUCACGCUUGUCCAGUGGACUCGACCCUAACCAGGCAACCAUCCGCUUCCUCAGUGGACCCACUAGUUGGUAAUGUAGAUCUUGGUGGGGUGGCCCUUCGGCGGACAGUACGAUCUACUGCUGGCCGGCAUUCUAAUAUCCAUCACUUGCCUAGGUCUUUGGGGGAGGUACACGGGGCUGUGCGCUCUGCAGAUACUGCAUCUAAUGCCAUGAUUGCUUUGUUUAGGCCCUGGAUGUAGUGGGUUCUUUUGUUGGCUUGUGUUAUCGUCGGGGCGACGAUAAAGAGCUGGGGGGUAGACUGUAGCAGGAGAAGGAAACGAGGUGUGUGCCUAAUUAAGUUCUGGAGGGGAGUGGCCAAUCAGAGAGGGCGCUCAGACUAUAAGGGUUACCCUGGCACUAAUGUUCUAGGCUCCUUGUCGGCGGUCACCUUAAUUGCCGGAUCUCCUGUUCGUCCGCGGACAUCUUACCUUGGUGUGUUCAGCCCGGUACGGUGAAUAUUACAAGCUGCAGUAGAACGGUUGACGUUGGGGCUAAUAUGGCUGGGUUUUGAGUCCUUACCCUUCUAUUAUUACAGGGUCCCGUGUGUUGUGGCGUGGGGUUGACAGCUGCUUCAUCUCGCGUGGAACUACUGCUGCUCUGCCUAGCGGCGACUGCGCCCUGCUCUGCCUAGCGGCGACGGCGCCCUGCUCUGCCUAGCGGCGACGGCGCCCUGCUCUGCCUAGCGGCGACUCAGCUUUAUUUUGCCUUAUUGCUGCUGCCUAGUGACAUUUGCACCGUUUCGCGCUUUGCGCUUCCGGUUUGUCCAUACUCUGUCUAGCCUAUAGCAGGGUCCCGGCGCCCAGCCUUAGAUCGGCAGGAAGUGGCUGCUGGUACGCGGCGGUGCUCCAAGCUUACGGUGCUCGGAUUGACUGAUUACUCUUUUUAUGGUUUUACUGUGUAAUAAAAGUGUGUGUGUUCGGAACAACGUCUCUCCGCUGUUUAUGGUGAACGGACCAGUGUGCCUUUGCCCGGGGAUAGGGCGAUUUAACUUUCUCUGGGUGUAAUACCUGGGGUGGCGUAGUCGGACUAACGUGUGGCUAUUGGUACCAUUGUUUGGUACUAUUUGGCAGUAUUUCUCUCACCACCACUCGCCACAU